AUCCCCCAGAGACGAGACGAGACGAGAGAGAGAGAGAGAGAGAGAGAGAGAGAGAGAGAGAGAGAGAGAGAGAGAGAGAGAGAGAGAGAGAGAGCCACGAUGCCAGCCGGGAAGGGCGAGGGGGCCUGGAGCGCCUUCGAGAACGGCCUUCAGGAAUACAAGGAGGACCAGCUCAAACAGGAAUGGUGGUACAAUGUUACACCUGACAACCCGCCCCUGACACGCAACCAGCGGCGCAGACUGAGGCAGAAGCAGAAGCAGCAGCAGGAGGGCGGCGCCCCCAAGCCCGCCCCUCUCGCCCCUAAACCCGAGGCUGAGGCGCCCAAGGCCAAGAAGCCCCGCCACAGGAGGAGGAAGCCCAAGCAGCCCCUCGCACCACAGCCUGACGCCACCCAGACCCAGCCCCAGCCUGACGCACCCGCGCCACAGCCUGACGCUAAGAAGACAGGCAAGAAGGACGUCCCAGCCCCCGCCAAACCUGACGCCCCCGCUCCACCCAAGCCUGAGGGCAAGCCUGAGGCUCCCAAAGCUGGGGGCAAGAAGGGCAAGGCUGAGGCCCCAAAGGCCGAGGUUGCCAAGCCUGAAGCCCCCAAGAAGGGUGAGGCUGCUAAGCCUGAAGCCCCGAAGAAGGGUGAGGCUGCCAAGCCCGAAGGCCCCAAGAAGGGUGAAACUACCAAGCCUGAAGCCCCCAAGAAGGCCGAGGCUGCCAAACCUGAAGCCCCCAAGAAGGGUGAAGCUGCCAAGCCUGAGGAGAAGAAGCCCGAAGCAGCCAAGCCGCCGCCCAAGAAGGGCAAGGCUGAAGCACCCAAGGCUGAGCCCGCCAAGAAGCCUGACGCCCCCAAGGCUGAGGCGCCCAAGGCAGAGGUGAAGCCCGAGCCCGCCAAGCCUGCCCCUGCCAAGGCCGAGCCCGCCAAGCCUGCCCCUGCCAAGGCCGAGCCCGCAAAGCCUGCCCCUGCCAAGGCCGAGCCCGCCAAGCCUGGUGAGGUGAAGGCUGAGCCUGCAAAGACUGAAGACAAGAAGCCUGAGCCUGCCAAGCCUGGUGAGGGUGUCCAGGGUGAGGUGAAGGCCCCGCACUGCCCAAACACUGACGCCAAGAAACCCAAGGCCAAGAAGGGCAAGGCUGACCCGCCCACCACACCUCAGCCCGCACCUGCACCAGCCCCAGCGACACCCCAGCACCAGCCCCCGCCCCUGCACCAGCCCCAGCCCCUGCACCAGCCUCAGCGACACCACCAGCAGCUCCUAAGACCCCGGAGGCACCAGCUCCAGCCCCUGCACCAGCAUCACCAGCCCCCAAAACCCCGGAGGCACCAGCACCAGCCCCAGCUCCUGCCACACCUGCACCAGCCCCAGCCCCAGCCCCGAAGACCCCCGAAGCAGCCCCACCAGCACCAGCAGCAACACCCAAACCUGCCGCCCCAGCCCCAGCCCCCAAGACCCCUGAGGCAGCCCCACCAGCACCAGCCCCAGCACCUGUAAAAACACCCGCUCCAGCCCCAGCCCCAAUCGCUACCCCUGCUCCAGCCCCAGCGCCAACACAAGCUGCCCCAACCCAACCAGUCCCAGCCCCAGCCAAGGCCCCAGCUCCAGCCCCAGCCCCAGCGCCAGCCACAGCCCCUGC